AUGGCCAGCGUGACCUUGCGAUUACGCACAAGGCUCGAGGCUCUGUGGAAGACAGUGCUUGACUAUAAAAAGAUGGAUGAAAUACUCCUUCAGCACAAUGCUAUCCCUGAUGAAUUUCUCAGUGAUAACAAAAUACGCCUUAUUUCUCACGGCUUUGAGAGAGCAGAUGACGAUCAUCCUAUCGACUGGGAACAGGGUCCUACUAUUUUCCGUGCAUAUUCUACGCCAGCAUCUUCUGAGCCAGAAUUCAAAGAAUACAUCCCUCCCGGUGACGAUUGUGAUCAUGUUUAUGAUAGUCCAUCGAGCCCGAUGAACUGCGCAAUGUUCCUUGCAUAUGGCCACCUUGAUAAGUGGGUGUUUGGCGGGUUUCGACGAAAGAAUUUUCCCCAAAGACACAUUUCCUCUCAUCCAAAGCCUCGCACAGCUCAGUGGCAUAACCAGGGUCAGUCUGACUUCGCUCAUGACGGCUCGAUCAUGCAUGGCGAAUUGACACAGCUUGUCACGGCGAUGCGAAACCGCGCUUAUCAGCCUGUGAAGAAAAGGAAAGAUAAUGACGAGGAUACUUAUUCUGAUUCUAACGAUUACGACGAUGAUGACGACUACUCAGACUCUGAAGAUGACAUUAAGCCUCCAGAGUUUGCUUUCAAAUACGAGCAGAGAUUCCCAGUUUUGAUGGUUUCACUUGUUGGUCCUCAACAUGCACGGAUCUAUACGCUUGUAUGGAUGGUUCGGACGUGGUUAUUAGACAAUCACGCCUAUACAGCUUUGAAAAAAGAGAAAUGCGCCCUUGGACUACUUUACAAGCUUCCUCGCAAGUACACCGCUAGAAGAAGCUUGACAAUGGGUUAUGACUUACGGUACAUGGUUACUUUUCAACUUGACAUCUAG